AUGUCAAAAACUUACAACAAUGAAUGUUUCGAAGUGAAGGAGAAAAUAGAGACUACUAUGCAGCUGUUUACUCAAGCCGUAGAAAAUCGUGAAACAUAUCUUUUGGAGAAGGUUGAGAACAUGCGUCAGUCGAAGAUAAACGAAUUGAAUCAAUAUAUGAAUACACUGCGUAGUAUGCUCGCUGGUUUAUCUCAUAUAAGUGAAUUGAUAAUACAUAGCAUAGAUUCCGAUGGAAUAAAUUUGUUUAUGAUUAAAGAAAAGGACAAAUAUGAGGUUAAUUUAUUUUCAACUAUGUUCAAGAAUAUGCAGUUCCAAGAACGUGACGGUAGCAGUAUGUCAUCACUCCCCAGUAUUGCACAAUCACCGGCUUCAAGCGAGCCAUCCACUUCGACAGCCUCGACCAGCGCUACGGCCAGCAAUAGCUUCAACAAACCAGACGAGUCAGUCGUCACGUCUCGUUUCAUUUCUGAUAUUCUCCAUACAAGGGAGAAUAUAUCUCCUACCGAAUCCAUGUAUUCGGAAGAGUGCAUUGCUGAUGAUAUCGAACUGCCUUCAAUGAGUGGUAUGCCUAAUCCCCUGGGCGCCAUUGGUUGUGAAUUUGCUAGGAUCAGAAAGAAUAAGAGUAAGCAACAGAGGACAUACAAAACAGACAAUGUGAGCGGUUUACCGAGCAGGUCAUACUUAGUAACCAUGACCUGUUUCGGAUGCAAUAAAAGCUCGCCAACGACGCCUUGCCUACAAUGUAGAAACCUUUUUUGCAAUGACUGCUGCUAUAAUCCUAUAUCGGUAUGUCAAAUGAGAAAACACGCGCUCCACCCUAUAGAUCCGUCGUUUAUCGGUAUGAUACCAAGUCCUAAAAACAGUGAUAAAGACGACGUGUACUGUGAACUCCACGAAGAUGCUUUGCAAUUUCAUUUCAAAGAGUGCAGUGUUUUCAUUUGCCAUAAAUGCACUCUGUGGGAUCAUAAAGACCAUGACUACAUUCCAGUAAACGGUGUUUUCGAUAAACUUACUCGUUUAGAUAUGAUGGAUGUUAUAAAAGACGUUAUAAACAGUACGAGUACAAUUAAAACUGAAAUCGAUCGCGUGACAGCAAUGUCAAAAGCUUAUGCUAAAGAAUCUGCGGAAGCAGAAAAUAAAAUCAGAACAGCUAUGCAGUAUUUGGCUAAGGCUGUUGAAGACCAUGAAAAGUACCUUUUGGAUAAGGUUGCAAAUAUGCGUCAGACGAGGAUGAAGGAAUUAUCUCGUCAUAUAAAUAAAUUGAACGGUAUGCUUGAAGGUUUAUCUCGUUCAAACGACUCAUUAAUGCGAAAUAUAGAUGCACAAGGAGUGGAGUUAUUUAUAGUCAAAGAAAAUAGUAGAGCUCUGGUGGAUCAUAUUUCAUCUACAUUCGAAAAUAUGAAUGUGAAUGAGGAGAAAAUUGGCUUUAUUCCACCCAAUCAUUAUUUAAUAGAACAAUUAAAACUCCUCCGAGGCUGUGGCGGCGCUGGCGAUGGAUAUGAUGCUGUCGUCGCCAUCGCUUACGUUGCCUUAUGA